ACCCUAGGUUGGUACAGGACACACUCGUUGGCUAUUCAGCAUAUAUUCUCUGUACUAUUACUUCCAUCUUCACAGACUUUUAUUCAACAUAUUUAUCGUCAUCUUGUACACUUCAAGUUCAUAAUGUAUAUUCGCAAUGUCCUCAUCGCCGGCUUUGCGGCUGCCAGCACAGUCGAAGCCUACGGCAACUCUACAAUCCGAGAAGAGCAAAAGAUCUGGGACGUCGCCCACCUCGGCGCACCAAAGGGAAAGCGUUUCCUCGAUGACAUCUUCAACAUGGUCGGAGGCAUCCUAGGCGGCUCCGGCGGUGGCGGUGAUGAUGAUGAGCCGCAAUGCCCUGAAGUCUGGUCGCAAAUCUCAAAGACACUCACCGAACAAUUCCUCGGAGACGGACAAUGCACAGACGCCGCUCGUGCUGCUAUCCGCGCCUCCUUCCAUGAUUGCUUCAACGGCGCAUGCGACGGUUCCCUCAUCCUCGCAAACGAGUGUUCGAACACCGAAAACCGGGGUAUGGAGCGUCUAUGCAGUAACCUCGCCAAUGUGGCCACACAAACCAGAGUCGGUGUAGCAGACCUCAUCCAAUUCGCUGCUGCACACGCUGUCAAGACAUGUCCUGGUGGCCCUACCGUUCCCGUUAAAGUUGGUCGUCAAGACUCCAGCACACCGGGUGCUCUUGGUGUACUACCCGGCCCCAAUGUUCCAGGAGACACUUUGGUCCGAUCAUUCGCAUCCAAAGGCUUCAGCCCCAUCGACCUCGCUGCCCUCGUCGGCGCACAUACCGCAGCCAAACAACGCCACAGCAACCCCUCCAAGCCCGGUACUUCGCUCGACUCCACCGUUGGCACUUGGGACAAUAGGUUCUAUUCCGAGACCAGGCGCGGUAGUGCGCCGUUCACUCUCCCGUCAGACAGGAACGUUGCAAACCACCCGGCCACCGCAAUUUCCUGGACUACCUUUGCUGUCAGCAAGGGCGCGUGGGAUGCAGCCUUCGUGCCUGCAAUGGUUAAGCUGGGUAUGAUGGGUGUAGAGAGCGAUGGUCUCAUCGACUGUACUUCUGCGCUACCCGGCGGUAGCAGGAAGAGGGACAUUAAGAACAGCAACAUCUUCGACAGGUUGAACUGGUAGAGGGUAGAGUUGGUGUAUAGCUUGUGAAUUCUUUUCUACGACUUUCCUUUUUUUGGCGGGCAUGACACGCAGGGUGUGUACAUGUUGGGUCUUUUCUCUGUUGAUAUCCAACUAUUAUCUUUUAUUAUCUGCUCGCGCAGAGGUGCUGGUGUGGCGCAAUGGUCGCUUCGUCGCUCUUUUGGGGCUGUAGAAUGCUACUAUUCAAUCAAGACAAAAGUUCAUUCA